CCGAAGGCCAUAAAGAAAAAAUGUCUCUUGCGGCCACAUCAAUCCCUCCUCCUCCUACUAAAAACACCACUCAAGUUGAACGACGGUCGGCAAACUUUCAUCCAAGCAUAUGGGGGGAUUACUUUCUAAAAUAUGCUUCUGACUCCAACUCAAAGAGUUCUCGUGGCAUAGCAUAUAAACAAAUCGAUAGAUUGAAAGAAGAAGUGAGAAAGAUGUUGACAGGUGCUAUGGAUAAGCCUUCACAGAAGUUGAACUUGAUCGAUCAAAUCCAACGCUUGGGAUUUGCCUACCAUUUUGAACGUGAGAUAGAUGAGCAGAUGGAGCAAAUCUGCAGAAGUUAUUUCGAAUUUCACUGUGGCGACAACAAUGACAACCUGUACAUGGUCACUCUUCUCUUCCGAUUGUUGCGACAACAAGGUUAUAAUAUUUCAUGCGAAAUCUUUAACAAGUUCAAGGACAACGAAUGGAAUUUGAAGAAAUCGCUUAUUGCCGACAUGCAGGGACUGCUAAGUCUAUUUGAAGCUUGCCAUCUUAGAUAUCACGGCGAAGAUAUUUUGAAUGAUGCACUUGCUUUUACUGUAACUCACCUAGAAUCAAUCGAUGCAAGAAAAGCAAGCCCUAAUCUUGCAAAACAAGUGAGUCAUGCCCUAAACCAGCCAAUCCACAAGGGACCGCCAAGGCUAGUGGCUAGUCACUACAUUCCACUCUACGAAGAGGAGCCUUCGCAUAAUGGAGUCCUGCUCUCCUUGGCUAAACUCGAUUUCAACAUAGUGCUAGAGCAACACCAGAAGGAACUCGGCAAUAUUACAAGGUGGUGGAAGGAUUUAGAUGUAGAGAGGAAGUUCCCAUUUGCUAGAAAUAGGCUUGUGGAGCUAUAUUUCUGGAUGUCAGCACUUUAUUUCGAGCCAAAGUACGAAGCCGCUAGAGAAAUACUAACCAAAGUGGCUGGCCUUCUCUCCAUUAUCGACGAUAUCUAUGAUGUCUACGGCACAUUGGAAGAACUAGAACUCUUCACGGAAGCAAUUGAAUGGUAUAACGUUAAUGCGAAAGAUGGAUUGCCAGAGUACAUGCGAGUGUGUUACCAGACAAUUCUCGAUUUGUACGAUGAAAUUGGCUACGAAGUGACGAGAAAAGGGCGAUCUUACCGUCUCUUCUAUGCAAAAGAAGUGAUGAAAAGGAAAGUGACAGCAUACUUUGCCGAAGCCAAAUGGUUCUACCAAAACCACGUACCGGCAAUGGAGGAGCACAUGCCCGUUGCUUUAGCAACAUUCGGCACUGAAAUGCUAAUAGCGACGUCGUUUCUGGGAAUGGGAGAUAUUGUAACAAAAGAUGCCUUUGAUUGGUUAAUAUUCGACGACCCCAAGAUGGUGAAGGUUUCGGCAGUAGUCGGUCGGCUCAUGGAUGACAUUGCAGGACACAAGUGUGAGCAAGAUAGAGGUCAUCCGGCAUCUUCAGUGGAGUGUUUCAUGAAACAAUACAGAGUUACAGAGGAAGAGGCCAAGGAGGAACUCCGUAAGCAAGUGGUCGAUGCAUGGAAGGACAUUAACAAAGAGCUGCGCCGUCCGAAUUUGCUCUGUGCACCAUUUGAAUUGUAUGUUAACCCUUGA